AUGGAAGCUAGCAACAAAACCAUGGUGACUGAAUUUGUUUUCGUGGGAUUUACAGAGCACCUCCAAGAGCAGGUUCUCCUCUUUCUCAUGUUUCUGCUUUUCUAUCUUGUCACUGUCUUUGGGAAUUUGGGUAUGAUCAUCCUGAUAUGGUUAGACUCCCAGCUUCAUACCCCCAUGUACUUUUUUCUCAGUCACUUGUCCUUGGUCGAUUUUUGCUCUUCUUCUACUAUUGCCCCAAAGAUGUUGGCUGAUUUCUUUGUGGAGAGGAAAACCAUCUCUUUCCUGGGUUGUUCAGCCCAGAUGUGGUUCUUUGGACUCUUUGUGGCCACUGAGUGUUUCCUUUUAGCUGCAAUGGCAUAUGAUCGGUAUAUGGCAAUCUGCAACCCAUUACUCUAUACAGUUGUCAUGUCCCAGAGUGUCUGUGUACAUCUGGUGGUUGGGCCUUAUGCCAUGGGCCUUCUAAGUUCUAUGACACAUACAGUCUUAACUUUCCACUUGCCCUUCUGUGGCCAGAAUGUCAUCAAUCAUUUCUUCUGUGAUAUCUCACCCUUGCUCUCUCUUGCGUGUUCUGACACCCACCUCAAUAAGUUAAUCCUUUUCAUCAUGGCUGGAGCUGUGGGAAUCUUCAGUGGCAUGACCAUUCUUAUUUCCUACAUCUACAUCUUCGUGGCCAUCCUGAAGAUCCGCUCUGUUGAUGGGAGGUCCAAGGCCUUCUCCACCUGUUCCUCACACCUGACUACUGUCAGCAUCAUGUAUGGGACCCUCUUCUUCAUCUAUGUGAGGCCCAGUGCAAGCUUCUCCCUGGACCUCAACAAGGUGGUGUCUGUGUUCUACACAGCGGUGAUCCCCAUGUUGAAUCCACUUAUCUAUAGCUUGAGGAACAAGGAGGUGAAAAAUGCAGUCAGAAGGAAUUUAGAAAGAAAAAAAGUUUCCUAUGGGUAA